AUGAGAACUAGAUCUUGCCUUCCAGACAUUUCAUUUAGAGACUAUUGUUAGAAAUACUUCAAUGAUUCCUUUAUUACAAGCGAGAGAUAAACUAAAACUAAAUUCAAGUUAGAUGAAAUGAAAAGUGUUCCAAUGAAUAAAGAAAAAUAAUUAGAAUUUUAAAAUUUUAUAAACAAUGCUAUUGAUCAAACAAAAAAGGUGAGAAUUGAAGCAACACAAGAAGCAACAAAAACAUUUGGUAAUCCAAAGUAGUGGCUUAGAGCUUAAAAAGAAUACUUUAAAUAGCCAGAAUAAAAACAUAAGACGUAUAUUGAAUGCUAUCAACUUUAAUUACCCACUUAAAUAAACUUUAAUAAAUGGAAAUAUAAAGAGAGACUAGAGUAAAUUAGAAAUCGAUCUUAUUCUGUUCGUAAAACACCGAACAGUCAGAGAAGACAAUAUUUAUUUUGA